GGCGCUGCAAGCUCAUUACUGAGCCUUGAUUUGUUUCCACCUUCACAACGUCGACUUGCAUCGUUGCUAGAGGACCGUCGGUUUGCCGACCUUCAAGCCUUGUGGUGAUCGGUGGCCUUCCAGCUCCGUACUAGCUCCCAUAAAUUUCCCAUCGUCAUUCUUGGUCGAGACGACAACGCCGCACAACCAUUAUCCUGUUUAAUCUCGCUCAAUAGAGAGCGUUCCUGUGCGACCACAUAAUUGUGCGCUUACAAUAUUGUGCUCCAAGUACCAAAGAGACCGCCCAAACCAAUUGCGGAUGCCGAUCGACUGACAGCCCAGCUGCCGGAUUCGCCGGGAACAAGGUCCCAACUCACUGUACUUCCUCCAUAUUCUCCAGUGACUUGCAACCUCUACCAAGUCCGAGAUGUCGACUAAAAAUCGAGUUCUCUCGUUCAUGUCAAGCUUCUCAAAUCGAGACACACAGCGGAGCCCCACGCCGAACACGCAAGUGCAGACAAGACAAAACCCUCACAGAGAUGAAUUUCCUGUUAGACAAGAUUCGGCGAGGGGUGCUCCCACAUCAACGGGCUCGAAACAUCCUUACAACAUAGAUGGCGAAUCGCCUCAGCCUCGAAUACAACGCGAGCGCGCUCCUUCAAGGCCGAUGUCUAUGGUCCAGACAUAUCAGCCUCCGCUGAUGGACGUGUCCCGGGACACGUUACCUGAGCUUCAACCGAUUUUUACAUUCUUGAACAGUCAUGGGAACAAGCUGUAUCAGGAGGGCUACUUCUUGAAGCUGGAUGACCAGAAUACGCAUGGAAGACCGAAUGCAGAUCGUACAUGGACCGAAUGCUUCGCUCAGCUUGUGGGAACUGUACUCUCAUUAUGGGAUGCCGCAGAACUUGAUGCAGCCGGUCAGGAUGGCGAGGUGCUCCCGAAAUUCAUCAACCUAACAGAUGCCUCUAUAAAAAUGAUUGAAUCUCUUCCGACAAGACAAGAUAACGAGGCGCCCUUACAAAAUGUUCUCAGUAUCUCGACUGCUGGAAAGAACCGCUACCUUCUGCACUUCAACUCGCAUCACUCCUUGAUUCAGUGGACUGCCGGCAUUCGACUUGCUAUGUACGAGCAUGCUACACUACAAGAAGCCUAUACUGGAGCUCUUAUCGCCGGCAAGGGAAAAGCAUUGAAUAAUAUUGGCAUAAUAAUGGAACGUGCAAGGCUUCCGACUGCAGACUGGGCCCGAGUCAGAUUUGGAGCAGGAACACCAUGGAGGCGCUGCUGGUGUGUAAUUACGCCACCGGACGAAAAAGAAGUCCAAAAACUUCAAAAGCAGCUCAACAAGAAGAGAUCAGCCUACGACCGGUCCAAGCCCCCACUUUUGAAGGGAGACAUCAAGUUCUACGAUUCCAAAAAGACCAAGAAAGUGCGCCCCAUCGCUACAAUCAGUGAUGCAUAUUCCGCAUUUGCCAUAUAUCCACAAUCGAAACCGCUGAUAGAUGCGUCGACUCUCGUUAAAGUCGAAGGAUCUAUCACUAUUCAUUCCAAUCCUCCUUCAACCACAGAAGGCUUUGUCUUUGUCAUGCCAGAAGUGCAUCCGGCAGUAUCGGGGUUUGAGAUGAUGCUCCGUUGGCUGUUUCCGGUUUUUGAUACUUUUGGUCUCUAUGGCCGACCUGGUCGACUAGUUGCUGAUACAUCGGAUCCACAAAGUCUCAUGUUUGCAAUGCCCAAGCACCGAAGAUACGGAUACUUGGAAAUUUUAGAUGUGACGGGCCUCAUCUUAGAACCAGGAAACGCCAGCUGGAGGGAGUCUGAAUGGAGGAAAAGAAUGAAGGACUUGACAGCCAAACGUAUGACUGCUGUCGAAAAUGGCAGCCGCUCAAAUAGCAGGUACAGCAGUCGGAGAAGUACACGCAAUAGCUUUGGCCCAUCUCGCAGCCGCAUACAAUUCGAUGACAACGUAUCUAUCAGAUCUUCCCCAUCGAUAACCUGGGGCUCGCAGGGCCCUCCACCUGAUGGCCCCUUGGCUGGAAUCCCACGAACUGAUUCCGCUCCUCCUGGCGCAAAUUCUUUCGCACCUCCUAAACCUCAACAUCAAUCUCACGCACACACCAGGUCCGCGUCGGACACACAGGGCUUGGAUCGAUUACAAGAUCAGGGACCAUCAGGCUAUGACGGCGCUUACGAGCCAGCACCUACUCCACCGCCACAUGCAGCUGGUGUGGCAUCAACCGGACGCGAAGGAACGAAUCUGCGGUACAUGGCUAGCACUCCGGAGCGUGUCAGUUCUGAGGAUGAGGCCCGAAUCACCCCUGUGAGAGAGCUCCAGGAACUUCAGACUGUUACCUCACCAGAACCUGUUUCGGCGCCUCCUGCUUUUGCACAUGCGCCUGGUGCUAAACCAGCAAGCAAACCAUAUCAUUCACCAGAGCUACGCAGAGCUAACAGCCGUAUGUCUAAUGCAACACUGUCUCAGUUGGCUGGUGCGGGAGGUGUUGCUGUUGGAUAUCCUGCGAGUGAAGAGAUGCCACCGCCAAGUGAGGAUCAGAGGCGUCGCUAUUUGGAGGAUAAUGGCCAGAGAGGGGUACUGUCAGAAGCCAAUGCAUUCGUUCUUCCUGCUAACCGAGACGGUCUUAUUGAAGGCUUGGUAGCAAACACAAAACCUCGAUUUUCUUUCGAUCAAUCCUCUCCUUCUCGACCUUCGAAUUCCGACUUGGAAGCGAGCUAUUCUCGACCACCACCGCAAUUCUCAUUUAGUUCACAAAAUCCACCCACAAAUUAUCAACAGAAUUCCACCCGCUCGGGGCCAACAUCAAAUCCCAUGGACGAGCCAGCUUUCGGUAAUCGUACGUAUGAGCCGCCAAACACAUUCACUUCUGCACAACCGCUUGACCAAGCACCGUCAACGUAUCAGGGCCACGUUUCUCAAUCAUCAGAAGACUCCACACAUAGCACAGCAUCUCAACCAUCUCGCCUACAAACUGGAGCAAACGUAAAUCGAAAGCCGCUUCCAGCUCGGACUUCGAGCAUCCAGACGCCAACUUCUGCAGAGACAACGGACAGUGCAGGCAGCUUAGGCCGGCAUGUUAUCGACCAAGCUGCUUUUGACAUGAUCGGACGUAACGAUCAGAAGCUUGGGCCAAUGCAAGAGAAUCCCAUACAUCGCCAGAAGAGUGGGGCGAGCAGUAUUUACGACGACACAGCGUCAACGGCAUCUCCAGAUUAUGCUAGUACUCGAGCGUCCAAUGACACCCGGAGACCCGAGCGAGUUGUGGAUAAGCCACGGGCCGGUGUCAUGCGGACCGUGGGUGAUUCUCAAGCCGGAACGGUACAGCAAGGAUCGAGCGCGCAGUUUAACAUCGACUUCGGCCCCACGCUGAAUCUAGCCUCUGACCGACCGUUAAGAAACCAGAGUCCUGGACGAAAUCAAAGUUAUGCGGCGGCACCUCAGUACGGAAGAGCAAUCAGUCCCGGUCCGGCCAUAAACAAUUAUCGUACUGACCGACCUCCGAGGCAGCGAAGCCCCGCUGCCAGACCUGGAAGUUCUGGUCUAUCAAACUCGCCGCAACGGAAACCUGUCUCGACAGAAAACAUGCACCAACGCAAUGGCUCAGGGGAUAGUAGAACAUUGCCUUGGCAGCCAGGAAUGAGCUCGAUUGGAGUUGCUUCUAGUAGCUAUCAAGUUCUUACUCCAGAGCAAUAUGUCCAGCAACGUGCGGCAGCGACCCCGCUCUACGCACACCAGCGACCGCAAACCUCUGGUAACCGUUCCAAUACGCCUACGCCACCGCCUGUUCGUAACCGAUCGAGCGAAUACCUCGGUCAAUUGGGUCAUUCACGUAAUGGCUCCUCAGUCGAUUUGCUUCAACGACCCUCUUCACGAGCUGCAUCCACUACCUUGGGGCCUUCAGGAUCGGGGGACAUUCCUACGACUUUGUCUGCUCGUGAACAAGAGCACGUUUCACGGAUGACUGGUCAACCUCUCGUCAAUAUGGCCCAAAACAAACCUUCUGCUCCCGGAGGAGGACUCAUCGGUGCUAUAGGUGUGAGGGAAAUGGAAAAGGAGCAAUUGAAGCAAGGCAUCAACAGCAGAACUGUCCAGCAGGCGAUCGCACAAAGGCAGCAACAACAGCAAAUGGCCUACCAGCAGCAAUACGCUGGACAAAUGGCGGCAGAUUACCGUGCUCCUCCGGCGCAAUACGGCAACAUGGGCCAAUAUCCGGCGCAGUUUCCUGGGCAUACCGCAAGACAGCAAUCAUGGGUCUCGCCGGCAGCCCAGGUCUUUGCUCAAGGAGGUGGAUUCACCGCCCCACCUCCCACAUUCCCCACCCCUCCUGAGCAAGCAGGAUCGCCUUCUCAACAGUAUCCACGACAAAAUUACUUUCAACAGCAACAACCAGGAGGUGAGGGGAGAGGUAAUAGUCCAGGAUAUCACGGACAUGGGUUUUAGAUGAUGUAAUCGAGCGUUUUUUUUUGGCGUUUUUUCCAAUGGGCAGACAAGGAUUAAGGAUUGGGGUAUGAAAUGAUGUGACGAUUUCGUUUGGGGUCACUGAUGGGAAUUGGGGCUUUGGGCUAGCAGCGAGAAACCUGCAUUGGCGUUCUCUUUUGUAUCAUUGCAUGGUGUAAGAGAGGCUCACAGGGUUGGUUGCAUUAGUUGAGUAUUGCUUUUCGAGAGACUAAAAUGAAGCAACGAUUCUGGAAACCUUGAAAUGUCUCGUUGCUUGGUAUGAAAUGAUAACCCCCUUUUGAAGGCAUUGGACUCAACACAAAGCUCCAAGUCUCACUGACGACAUCUUAAUAGUGUCCAGGGAACGAGGUUACUUUCAACGGUUUCAGUGUCAUUACGAUAUCUCGACACCUAGCCAGGAUUUUCCAACCCAAUGAACCAACGCAAACUCGCUAAUCGAC